AUGGGCAAAUUUUGGAAAGAAGCGUCGUUAGAAACUGCCUUAAUGCGGGAUGAACGCUCAGUUCAAAUUGUUUCUGCUCCACAUUUUGGGUUGCCAGCUUGGACAGCUGCUCCGGCAACUUUUGGAAUGAAUUUUACUAAUAGGGAAAAGGUUAUUGCUGAGAUUGUUUUAGUUGAUCCAUUCAAAGCUUGUAAUAGUUCUCAAUUGUUCAAUGGUAAUGAAUUGCGUGGAAAGAUUGCAGUUAUUUUUAGAGGUGAAUGUAUGUUUGAAGAUAAAGCAUUGCUUGUACAAAGAGAGGGAGCUGUUGGAUUAAUUAUUAUUGAUAAUCAACAAGGUUCUAGUUUUGAACAUAUGCCUUAUUUUGCAAUGAGUGGAUCUACUAAUUUAGAUUCUGAUGGACAAAAUAAAAAUAAUAUGAAGGUUGAAAUCCCUGUUGUUUUCCUUUUUUAUAUCGAAGGCCAACAAUUUUUGGAUUUAAUUUUUGAUGAUCCCAAAAUGAUUGUUUCAAUUGGAGAAAAUAAAUUUAAUCCGGUUUAUUGUUUUGAACAAUUUCUUCGUCAAAAUUUUAUUUUUCGCAGAGAACAAUUUGCUAUUUCGAAUCAAUUUUUGUCAAUUAAUGCUGAACAAACAAUUCUUUAUAUUAAUUUUUAUUUUGAUGGAGUAAAUGAAUCUAGUCUAGUUGAAGAAAAACAAGCUGUUGUUGAACGUAAUAUUGAAUGGAUUGAUUCAACAAUUCAAUUCCCAGAUAUAAAAUUUCGACAAAAUUUUCAAGCACAUUUAAGAGCACUCGCAUAUUCGUUACUUGAUUAUCCAUUAAAUAUGGAAAUUAAAGAUUAUCUUCAAUUGAGACAAUUAAUUCGGCAUUUAAAAUUGGGAAGGCCAGCAAAUGUUAAUGAAAAAGGAAUAUUCAUUCCACCAUUAAUUUUUGGAAGAAUUCAAAAACGUGUUAUUAUUUGUAAAUUAUAUGAACCGCAAACCAAUUUUAAAUGCUCAGAAUUAUUGCAGUACGGGUCAAAGAAUGUUAAAUCGCAAUGAAAAUGAAUGUAAAAACUUUUAUCAAAUUUUUUUUUAGAUUUUUAGUUCGAUCAUUUACAAUGAUAUUUGUUUAUAAAUUACCUCAAUUUUGAAAUACACACCCCUCGCUUUAAUGUUAGGCUCUAAUUCAAUUGGAGGCUUUAUUUCAAAAUUUAAGGUAUCUGUACCAGGAACGGGCGCAUUGCAUUUUUCGUUGAUUUAUGGCAUUUAUGCUUUUUGCGUAAAUUUUGCCUGAAAAUAACGCAAAAAUACCCCUAAAAAUACACUUAUUAGCGGCGCAAAAAGGAGGAAGUAUGGCUUCUUGCCUUGCAAAAUUCUCAAAAUUUUCGGCUCUAACGUC